AUGAUGGGCAAGAUCAUCUUCUAUGAGGACAGGAACUUUGGUGGCCGUUACCAUGAGUGCAUGAGUGACUGCGCUGACCUGCACUCUUACUUCAGCCGCUGCCACUCCAUCCGUGUGGAGAGCGGCUACUUCAUGGUCUACGAUCGCUCCAACUUCAUGGGGAACCAGUACUUCAUGAGGAGGGGCGAGUAUUCUGACUACCAGCGCAUGUUCGGAUGGAAUGACUGUGUCAGGUCCUGCAGGAUGAUCCCAAUGCACCAUGGCUCUUACAGGAUGAGGCUGUACAACCGCAUGGAUUUUGGCGGCCAGAUGAUGGAACUGAUGGACGACUGCCCCAACACCAUGGACCGCUUCCACAUGUCUGAUUUCAUGUCCUGUAACGUGAUGGACGGCCACUGGCUGAUGUACGAACAUCCCAACUACAGAGGCAGGAUGAUGUACAUGAGGCCCGGAGAGUACAGGAACUUUAGAGACUGGGGAUGGGGAAUGAACUCCAAGAUCGGCUCCGUCCGCAGAAUCAUGGAUGGCAUCUAA